AACAUGGGAAGAGGAUCUGGUCCUCCAGCUGCAGUCACCUCCUGGAAAACCCAGUUACAGGGACUCAAGUUUAAUGAGACUCAAUGGCUCGAGAGGGAUCCCUGCCCACCAACAGAGAUACGCACUGUGCUUUGGGGCUGUGUUAGAUCUUAUUCACCUGCGGUUUCAGCACUACAAGGCAAAGAGGGUUUUCUCAGCUGCCGGGCAACUUGUCUGCGUCGUCAACCCAACACAUAGCCUCAAGUAUGCACCGACCCUCUGUGCAGCUGCGCAGACGUCCACGGAGCGAGGCAUCCUUCCUCCCUGCCAUCAUCACGAAGCAGUGCAUGACCCCGAGCUGGUUCCCUGCAUGUGCCCGCUCUUUUCCUGCCCAUGGGAAGGGCACUUGGAGGUGGUGGUGUCCCACCUGAGGCAGACCCAUCACAUCAACAUCCUUCAGGGUGCAGAGAUUGUCUUCCUGGCCACGGACAUGCACCUGCCCGCACCCACAGACUGGAUCAUCAUGCACUCUUGCCUUGGCCACCAGUUUUUGCUGGUACUCAGGAAGCAGGAGAAGUAUGAAGGCCACCCGCAGUUCUUCGCCACAAUGAUGCUGAUUGGCACACCGACCCAAGCUGACAACUUCACCUACCGGCUGGAGCUCAACAGGAACCAGAGGCGCCUUAAGUGGGAGGCGACCCCCAGGUCGGUACUGGAGUGUGUGGACUCUGUCAUUUCCGACGGGGAUUGCCUUGUGCUGAACACUUCCCUGGCUCAACUCUUUUCUGACAAUGGAAGCCUAGCGAUAGGAAUUGCAAUAACGACCAGCAAAGUUCACAACUCCGAAGCUGAAAUGUGAGGGGGAAGAGGAGCAGGAAGAGAAACAGCAACAACAGUGGUGCUCUAGCUGCCUUGUGAGAGCCAGAACUUGCAGACUUUUCGGGGGGGUCUCAGGUCUUUUAUGGUAUUUAGUACUUGUCCACAGUGGGCAUUAUGUAAACAUCCCGUGGUUACAGUCUCUGUGUAAUGUAUUUACCAUUUUGUUAAUACAAUUUUAUGAUAAAUUUUAAAGAGGCUAAUCAAUUUAUUGUAGCCCUCCAGCAGCACUGAAAGCA